AUGCCCAACUUGGCAGAAGUCUCUGUCAAGCUAUUCCUGUCAUCCCGGUCCCCUAUCCUAUCUGUCAGGGAACCUGAUGCCUUAUUAAGUGCAGGCAACUCUGGGGAUAUCUCUUGGCACAGUCCGAUGGAUGCCAUCAAAAGGCUAACAAUGCCCGUAGAAGGAUCAGAUGUCCAGCUAGGCUUCAGAGACACGGGACAGGGGCAACUCAGGAGACUGGAAAAUUUUCGGAACAUAUUAGAAAGAAAAAGGAAUCAAUCUAAGGUUCAAUCUCAGUUGCUGUCAGAUCAUUAUGGCUAUUUGACGAAUGAGAUGGCUCACCUGGUCUUUUUUUUCAUUCUACCCUUGGUGCACGAGGUCACCAUCAACCACACAAUCAUACCACACCACUCAAACACACCACCCUGA